AUGGCGUCCUCUUGGUCUGUUAUAAGAAGUCAAGCCCCAGCUAAAUGUGGAAUAUGUGAUACUGAUCGAUCAAUAAAGUGGAAAUGUAUUGACUGUAGUAGAUUAAUGUGCAAUCGUUGCAAAGAAAAAAUACAUCCAGAAUUCCGAAACUCCAAGGAUCAUCAGGUAGUAAACAUCAAAGAUGUGGGACAACAAACUGUUGUAGCACUAAACAUCUAUAAACAAUAUCAAACUGAACUUUCUGGAGUUGUGGAACAACCGUCUAUCGUAGAACUUCAAAUCAAUAAAGAAUAUCAAACUGAACUUUCUGGGGUGGUGUGCAUGUCUUAUUGUGAUGACGAUUCGCUGUGGAUAUGUACUUACCACGAAAAAGUAUUACAGAGAGUAAAACCUGAAGGAACCAAACUGAACAUACUUUCCAACUUUAAUAUCAAGGUUGUUAGUAUGGCUGUUACUCAAUCAAGUAAUCUACUUAUAACUACUGUUGCACCAAGACUCCAAGAAAUCAGUAGUAAUACAGGUACACUAACAGACUCAGUAUAUGAUGUGUCACCUUUCAUUCCUACAGCAGUCCAUUGCACCAGUGACAAUACAGUUCUAGUAGCAGGUGUUAAUAAAGACUACCCUUACCCAGGAAGAAGAGUUGUUAUACUUAUGAAUCAAAAUGGAGACCACGAGAGAGUAUAUGAACAUGAUCAACAUAACCAACCUAUACUCACCAAUCCCAAAACAAUAACAACAAGUACUAGUAAUGGGAAUAUUCAUGUGGUGGAUAGAGUAAUGAAUGACAGAGGCAGAGUAGUAGUGUUAGGACAAGGUGGCGAUAUAAUCAAUAUCUAUGAAGGAGAUAUAAAGAUCAACAAGGUCAGACCAUUCAUGCCAAGAGACAUAGUGACAACACCAAGAUACAAUGUUAUUGUAGCUGAUCCAGGUACUAAUACACUUCAUAUCUUGAACAAUACUGGUCUGCUGAUGACAUCGUAUAAAACAAGUGACAUAAACAUAAUGUUCCCAAUGUCUCUUGCUUUCACUCAAACAGGAAAAGUCUACAUAGGAUGCUUUACAACAGAUGACAGUAAAGCCAAGAUAUAUGAAGUGACCAUGUCAGGAUGUUAA